GUACAUCUGUUCUUGUGAAUCAGAUGGCUUUUGAAGAGCCGUCAAGUGGAAAUGAGGCUCUGGCUAUUGCUAUGAAUGAAAGGCAUUACACAUCGCUUGAGUUCUUAUGCCUCUGCCCUGACCAACCUUACCCUCGAAUGUGUCUCAAACCUGGUACACAUGUUUAUUCCUUUCACAUUAACAAGAUAUUUCUCUUCAUUGUUUUCCUCCAUAUGAUUCUUGAUCUUAAACAUCCUAAAGGAACUGUUUUAACUUAGGAAAUUCAAAAUUUUGACAUUUAAAACUCAACUUACCUUCAUAAUCCUAAGAUUUGCCUAGUUUGAUGGGUUUUAAUUCUAGUUCAAGAUAUUAACUGGCGAAUGUUUUUUCUCGAACUAGAUAGACAGACUUAAUUCGAGUGUGAGUUUUGGUUGUAUCAUAGGCUUGUAAAACAGAAUUUGAGGCAAUAUCAGGAUUCUAUUGCGAUGGUUAGGCUUAAUUUGACAAGCUGUCUUGUGAUGUUCUAUAAUUAUAAUUGUUACAAGUGCUAUGUUGUACUGUAAUAAAAAAAUAUUUUAACA